ACAAGCGUGACAUCGACAGCCUUUGUAUUUCGGUGAGACUGUAGAUGUCACGUGACUUCAACCAGGAAGCAAGACGGGGGUAGUGUUGUCUUGAGGUGUUACACAUACAGACACAUCAUGGCAACUGAUGUUGAAAAUUGGCAAAAUGGGAAGACCUUCCCGGAAACCAACCUACACAUGUUGGACAGUUUGUUGUUGGCUGAUGUGACCUUCCUCGUUGGAGAUCAAAGGGAGGCAAUCCAGGCUCACAAGUUCAUUUUAGUCAGCCGCAGUUGCGUGUUUCACGCGAUGUUCUGUGGAUCGAUCCCUGAAAUGGGCCAAGUACUGAUUCCUGAUAUACAGACAGACAACUUCAAGACCUUUCUAAGGUAUCUUUACACGGGGGAGGUCGCGUUAACUCCUAACACUGUCCUUGGUCUGAUGUACGCUGCUAGGAAAUACAACACCACAGGACUGGAGAAACAAUGUGAGGAGUUCUGCUUACAAUCGUUGUCGCCUAGCAACGCAUGUUUAUUUCUACAACAAGCAGACCUGUUUGAUAAAGAAGACCUUAAAGAAAGAGCUCUUAAAGUAAUUAAAUCCAAUGCCGAGGUAAGUGUUGCUAGCGAGGGAUUCUGUGAGCUAAGUCAGGAUUGUCUAAAGCUGAUCCUGAAGGCAGAUGACAUGAGAGUUGACGAGAUUUGCAUCUUCCGAUCUGUGAUGUCGUGGGCGGAAGCUGAAUGUCGACGUCAGGGAGGGGAGGUAACUCCAGAAAAGAAAAGAGAAGUGCUGGGAGAAUGUGUAUUUCUCAUUCGCUUCGCUACUAUUCCAGAGGUGAAAUUUGCCACUACUGUCUGCAAUGAAGGUAUUUUAAGUGAAACCCAUGCCUUGAUGUUAUUAAGAAAAUACUCUAUAGGCGACCUGGAUAUACGGCCGUUUUGCGACAUAUCUCGUUUACCUCCUGUCUAUAACUUGUCUCGCUUACCUCCUGACCAAGAGCCCCACGAGACUCGCGGCAGUAAAUGUCGAAUUGAUGCGUUGUAUAUAUCCUGUGAUGCCAGUGUUCACCUGACCGGGCUGAGCAUGUAUGCUGGGAAGCUGGCGGACAAGGUGUCUGUAGACAUAGUUGUUACUGACAUUGAUAACAAAACCCUGCUGAAGCAUCACCAGGACGUGGAUGUGACAAAGGGACAACUCUCAGAUGUGGUGAUGUUUCCUUCACCUCUGUCUGUUAGUAAAGGAAAGAAGAUAAAAAUCAAAGUCACUAGGGAGGGCAAUGAACACUUUGUAUGGACGUGUAUAAUGAACAACCAGCCUUUGAGGACACAUGAAACAUCAGGUGUUGUGUGGUCACUAGAGAAAUGUAACGAGAGUCAAUAUAGCAACAGCCUAGAAUAUGGAUUCCUUACUGGGGUUUUCUACGAAGCGUAGUGUAUUCACUCUUUUACCCUGAUCCGUAUCAAGAGGUUCGGGUGACUGAGGGACAACAUUCCUACCAACUAUCUUUGUACACCAGUAAUGUAAUAUGGAACAAGUGAGUGAGUGAGUGUGGUUUUACGCCGCUUUUAGCAAUAUUCCAGCAAUAUCACGGCGGGGGACACCAGAAAUGGGCUUCACACAUUGUACCCAUGUCGGGAUUCGAACCCGGGUCUUCGGCGGGACGAGCAAACGCUUUAACCACUAGGCUACCCGACCGCCCCAAUAUGGAUAUAAGCUACUCCUAGGCGUUGUUUAUCGCGCAAUGAAACACUACAAGGACAAUUUCACAAAAAUCACCGUGAAAUAAGGUGAAAUAAGUAUGGCUGCCGGAGUCGUUACAACAGACACAUAAGACAGUUCACAUUUCAUUAAUGUCGAACACACUAGUAAGGUCCACAAUGACUGGCUACCUCAAUAUCUGGUGUAAUCGCCUCGCACUUGGAUAACACGUUCUACACGCCGUCUCAUGCUGGUCACCAGACGUCUGAAUCUCUGUUGGGGAAUCUGCUGCCACUCAUCAUGCAAUGCAUGGGUCAAUUCCUGAAGGCUCUGAACUGGAGGAUCCCUAGCUCCCACCCUACGAUAUAUGAAUAAUGGAAUGAUGAGUUCCAACAAAAUGCCGGACAGGAAUUUGACAUUGGGAUUUUUAUGUUGCUUCAGCCAAGCAUUACAUGCAGAGAUAGUGCACAAAUGAUGCUCAGGUGUCUUUGACAGUAAGAAACUAUACAAAAGUUCGUUUGUGGAACCAUAUAAAAAAAUAAGGAGCAUUCCCCAAGACUUGUGGUGGUUGGUGGCUGACUUAGCCAUAUUGACAGCAGCUGGUGAAGAGAAGCCAAGCAACUUUGCAACAUGUUGUAGAUAUGGCCACCAUAGAAAUUUGAAAAUUGACCUCACACCAUUUAUCUCAAUGUGUCCUGCUCCAGGUAAACCAAUAUAUGCUUGUAAAGUUGGUGACUGGCAUCUACAACAUCAUCAUUGGGGUGCUCAAUACCACAGUGCUUACUCAAACCCUGCAGGCCCUUUUUGACAAUAACCUGACAAACUGGACAUUUGUACCAUUUAGUAAGCAUUCUGCUUAAUAAAUUGUAGGGAGAACCAUCGCAUCCGAGAACUAGCCACUUUCUACUGUUACCGAAGUCACUGUCUGAACAUAUCUUAUCCAGAACAGUUUGAAGACUAUUAUAUGAUGCAGGAUUGACCAUGGCUGGAUCACCCAGACUAAUUUCAGGUUGAAUAAUUGGAUGGCCAGAGGUUAAAAAAUCAUAAGGAUUAUCCCUUUUCUUAAAGGGACCACAAGAAAAUGAAUGUGUACAUUCAUCAAUAUUGUCACCGAACAAACCAUUUCUACAUGUCAAGCUGUUAAGAACUAUUUCCAACCUGCUUUCCAAGAAUGUAUCCACUAAUGAAGACAAUUCAUGAUGAAACUUGUUACUAGCUACAUCCAAAGCCUGUGCCAUAUCAUCGCCCAAAUUACAUACUUGUAACCAAGCGAUUGGUGAUAAUUGGGGACAACAUUGGAUGUCACUGCUGGGGUCAUUUAUGUACAUAAUGUAUGUCAUGACACUGCAUUUUGGUCUAUAAUUUAUUGAUACAUGCCAGGAUCUACCAAUCACUGGGUUAUUAUCAAAGAAAACUGUUAAAGAGCCUUUUUAGGGGCUAUGAGGUGUUUCCGUGCCAACCUUCAACCAGGAUGUAAGUGAUGGAUAGGAACCACAGGGUGAGGUGGAAUUAAGUACAUUAACACAGUUGUUGCUACCAGAUAUGAAAUAAGUGAGUACGGAAAUUGCAAAUGAUAUCGGCGUGAUGAUUGUGGGAAGGACAGCAAAAUAUAGAAAUUCCACACAUCUUGCUAACAUGACAGUUUUCUUUGAAGAUUGAAAACUGUCAGUAUCCUCAACUGUGGGGCAAACUAAUGCACCUAAGAAUGUCAACAAGAGAACAUUUCUACUUUUCAACCAGUCCUGAAUGUUUAAAUUGUCAUAAAAAUUUGAAGAUUUCUAUUGGACUCCAACCUCUUUUAUGUCUUCUUCUACUUGGGAAUGGAUGUAGCUGCCAAGGCCACGAGACAAAGAAGUGAGUUCAUACUCCGAACGGUUAUCAAUGGACAAAUCAUCCAACACACUUUGUACGUUUUCCUUCAGUUUGUCUCAGGAAUCGAGAUUAAUUUUUCAUUUGUAUACUCCGCACAGGCAGUGCACAGGUAGGUUGAUCUGGGUUGAAGGUACUUUAGUACAUUAAGUUUUAUUCUACUUUUGGGGGGAAUUUUCUUGAUUUAAUUAGAUACACUUGGAACUCUCGAUUUUUAGAAAAGAUUUCGUGUUCGCUGCAACUUCAUUUUCUGCCCAUAUUGUACUUUUAAGAUAUAUACCUGUAACAUUACAAUAAAUAGUAUGAAAUAUU